AUGAUAUUAAUAUCUAAGAAAUGCACCAUAAAAUGCACCAGCAAAGGGCUUGUAUCCACCAGCGUGUACAUCAAACCAACACAUAGCCCACUAUACAUCCCUGUUAAGUCCAAUGACCCAUAUCGUUACAAACUGGCAGCAUUUCGUGCCUUGGUUAGAAGGGCUUUUCUAUACUGCGACAACAUUAUAGACCGAAUUACUGAGAUCGAAAGGAUCAUACAGUUAGCAGAAGCCUUAGGAUAUAAGAGAAAUAUUAUAACGGGUAUUGUUAAAAAAUUUGAGAAAAAUAAUGAUAAAGUCUCCAGACAAGGUCCAUCUAAGUACACAAAAUUUACAUUCAACAAAUAUUUAGGAGGAAUUAUGAAGGAAAUUGCUAGCGUUAAAGACUCAACGGUGAUUUUGAAAAGAGCUCCCAAUUUAUAUAAAAUUCUUAAAAACGAUAAAGGGGUUAUUAAAAAAGAAGAUAAGGCAGGUGUUUACAAGAUUUCCUACGAGAACCAGCUAUUAGAAAUAAAAAAAGAUUACGUAGGAGUUACUACCAGAAACCUCGGGGUAAGGAUUAGAGAACACAAAUAUGACGCUAGAAAAGGAUCUAAUAUAACAAUAUUGGCCCAGAUGGCGCAGGCCCAAAAAUCCCUGGUUGGAUGGGAGGAAGCGGAAGUCGUGAGACAAGUACACUCACCAACUUUGGCGAAGACGGCCGAAAAAAUGGAAAUAUACAGGAGCAAACUUAAAGGAGGAUGCAUUAAUGCUAGGGAUGCGGAAGGUCUUCCCUCGGCUUGGAAAUUUGCCGUUAAAAAGCUUAUAAGUAGCGCAUCAACUGAAAUAUGA